CCCCCCUCCCAUCCAGCAGCCAACUGCGAAGAGGAGGCAAAUGACGGCCAGCGUCUGGAAUGCGCUCUGCGUCACCAUUACAGUUAACAGGUUUAGUUUUAAAUCCGACUUUUAAGGCUCCAAAGCUAAAAGUUUGAGCGCCUGAACAUUUUUAUAGGCUGCGCGCUACGGGCGCCGCCGUGUUUUCCGUAGCAAAGCUCCCGUGUGCCGCGUGGCUCCGUUUGGUUUCUAUGGAGACCGAAAGGACGCAGCGAUAGGCGUCAGAGCCGAUUGACGACGAGGGGGUUACAAAGGACGACGUCGUUUCCAUCGCUUCGCAACCUUUGUCAGGAGAUGCCGUUCUACAACAAUGUAUACUACCCAUUGCUCUCAGAGUCUCAAGGGACCCACUCCUGGGCACGGACCCCCUCCGUGCUGAACUCCCCUCAGAGCCAGUCUUCCUCCAGCAGACCGUGUAAGGCGUCGGAGAUGAUGGGCGCUCCCUCCAUACCGGUCUUUAAGUUCCGUCCCCGGCGGGAGAGCGUGGACUGGCGACGCAUCAGCGCUAUCGAUGUGGAGCGGGUGGCCAACGAGUUGGAUGUCAACACGCUGCAGGAGCACAUCAUGGGUAUCACGUUCUGCAGCGUGGAGCACGAGCGUUGCCCCCACUGCCAGAACCCCGUGGAUCCAGUGCUGCUUAAGCUUUUCCGUUUGGCCCAACUCACCGUGGAGUACCUGCUUCACUCCCAGGACUACCUCACCCUCAGCCUGCAGGGAGCAGAGGAAAAGGUCCAGGCUUCAGCCCAGGAGAGAGAACAGCUGCAGAGACAACUGCAGAAGCAGACCGACGAAAUUAAGGGUAUGAAGGAGGAGCUGAAGCAGAGAAAGAAAAUCAUCGCCUCCCAGCAGUCCAUGAUCAAUGCUGGCUUGGGGAAUUUCCAUAAGUGCCAACACUGUGAUAAAGCUUUCUUGAACUCUUCCUUCCUCCAAAGCCAUAUGCAGCGAAGGCAUCCAGAAGAGUAUGACAUGAGAUUACCUUCAGAGAUACAGAAAAACAUACAGUCCAUAAAGCUGGAGGAGGAGAUCAGCAAACUAAAGGAGCAACUAAUGCUCACAAGGUCCCAGCUAGAGACACAGCAGCAGGCGUAUGUGGGUAGAGUCAUUCAGGAGCAGGACCAGAAGUCCAAGGAUGGAGACCUGUUAAAGGUCCUUGAACAAUGGAAAGAGGAAGAAAAGGAAAGGCAAAAAAAACAAAUGGAAGAAAUGAAACAAAUUUUUCUCAAGGAAUCCAAGGAGAUGUCCAGAGAAAAUGCUUAUCUUCAGAAUCAACUCUCUGAAGUGGAGGAGGCCAGUCGCAAGAUGAGGCUGAACAUCAAAGCCCUGCAGGAUGAGAAAGUUGAGCUCUCUAGAAGCGCAGAGGAAAGACACAGGGAGGAUAUUCUCAAGCUCCAACAGCAGCUCAAGAAACAGGACGAGAAGUGGGCAUCCAGAAUGCAAAGGGUCCAGGCGAUGCACGAACAUGAAAAAAAUCAGUUCCUGUAUGACCUAGACAGAGUGCGUUCCACUGCAAAUAGCGAGGAGGAGAAGAAUCGAAAACGCAUGGAGGAGCUGGACUGGAAGCUGCAGGAACAGAAGGAACUGAUCAUCUCUCAGAGGAAUCAGAUGAAAAAGCUCACCUCAAACCCAGUUCAGGUGGUGGUCGAACGUACAGAUGUUGCUUUGGUGCCAGAGCCCAAACUCAAGGCACCCAGGAAUGACCAGUCAACUUCGGUCCAUAUACUGGAUCCUAUAGAGGAGCUUUCAGAGGAGGAUAGAGACUCGGCCAGCAUUUCUGAGAAAAAAGAAGUGAAAAACAAGCCACCAAUAAGUGCCUUGCGGAAGAAUCCCAACAUAAAGAAGGAACUGCGGCCAUUCCUGGAGCAAGCUCUUCUUGAAAAGCUAGAAGCCUUUGGAAUUAAACCUGGUGCAAGUAGACUUUCUCAUAAGGAAUUUAAUAAAAUCCGGGCCAAAGUGUCUUCUGAACGGACAAAGAGGGAGAAGCAGUUUCCUGAGUGUCAGAGGGUUAGAGAAAAACUUCUCCAAACCCUGGGCCUGAAGGUAAAAGAGAAGAGAGCAGACAGCAGUUCAACACCAGAGCAGCAUUCGCGAUCCAAACAGCUGUAUCGAGAAACCCACGUGAGAAGUCGAUCAAGCAGUUUUCCCUCUGGUGUGACACAAGUGGUGUCCAGACCUUUAUUUAAUCAGCAGCAGACCCCUCAGCCAGCUCCACGAAGCAAGACAUAUACUGUUCCCAAGACCUCCACCCCAAGCUUCCAGGAGGAUUCUGAAGAUGAUGCCCCAGUACAGAAGGCCAGAUCUGUUGUGAAGAGCGUGAUUGGGCCUUCUGACAGUGACACUGAGGAGACGGAUGGCAGCGUCAUGGAGGAGAUCAACCCACAGCAACUACAAUUUUACAAGCAGCCCACUCAGAAGGAAGAGAAGGUGCCUCAGAGUGGAGUGGUCAAAGACUUGACAAAAGACUUGGAGAGACAGGUUGCAGACCGCAGCAUGAAGAAGCCAGCAGGGAGUGUGGAUGUUUUAUCAGACAAGAAUAAUGUGCUACAGAACCUCAAGUGCUCUGAAAAGGAUGAUGGUGAUAAUGACGAUGACUGGGAUAUUUCCUCUUUAGAAGACAACCCCGUAGUAACCAAACCUGUUCAAAGUUCAUUUCCGGUGAAGAAGAGUUUGGAUUCCACAAGCACUAGUGUCUGGGAAUCUUCAACAGGAAAAGUUCAGAAAGGUUUUCAUGAAACAGAGGCACCCAGCACCCUGAAGAGUAGUCUGCUGACACUCAGUGACUGGAGUGACUGCGAAGAUGACAUAUGAGUAAUGGAACUCUAAGAGAAGGAGGGCCUUACUUCCAUAAAAUAAGUAAUGUCUUAAGAGCUAUAUAAUAAAUUUCCAUGCACUGCAACACUUACACAGACAAUUUUUUUUUCUUUUUUUUUUUUUCCCAAAAAAAAAA